AUGACAAAUCCUGAUUUUUACGAGUUUUCUGAACCAAAAUAUUUAUAUUCUAUUAUUAACAAAAAAAAACCAAUUGAAAGUAUUUCUUGGUCUCCACAGUACGAUUUGAAUAUUCUAUCCGACGAUUGUCGACAUACGUUUCAAUCUUUUGCCGAAAUUACGAAUGGAACAAAACAAGAGUACAAAAUCAAUCGAACAGAAUUGUUCGGUGGAGAUGUAUGCUUACAGAAAGAAAACGGAACCAAACGACGUCGUAAUCGAUCCAGAAGUAGAAGCCGAAGUUUAAGUGAUACUUCUGAUGAUGAUGAUGAUGAAGAUGAAUUUAAUUCGAUUGAUAUAAUACCGACUAUUGGUGUACUAGGAGAACUAGCAGGUCUUUAUCUAUAUUCAAUUGAUCAACCGUUUUUACUCUUGCCAAAUUCGUCAUUUGUUUUACCAUUCAUCAAUGCGACAAUUCAAAUAAGCAAAUGUGUUAGUCUCACACUUCCCUUUAGUAGUCACACGCAAAUACGAAAGUUACAACGAAAAUAUUGUAUUGAAUCAAUUGAUAAAUUUCUUCCUACUGGAUCCAUAACUAUUCGAGAACAGGGACGUUUAGUCGGAGUAACGACUUUGCCUGACAUGGCUGUGGGUGACAAACAUACGUUCAGUUCUGGUCAAGAUCCUGAUGUUACAUUAAAUCGUCAAGUAAAGUUAAUUUCCAAAGAAAGACAUUCAGCUAUGUAUGCCGUUCAUCUAACAUUUAAAAAUGUCAAGUCAAUUCCAGUAAAAUUUGAAUAUAGAGAAAUAAUUGACAAUUCAAAUACACAAUCCAAAAUUAUUAUCAAAGGAUCCGAUGAACAACGAGCCCAAAUUCAGGUGAUUGAGAAUGGUAUUCAAAUAGAGAACAAAAAUAGCACAGACAAUCAUCAUAGUAUGUUGGCAGCGAACGGUGGCGAACAAAUCUAUGAAUAUGAAAUUAAUCUUAAUCAUUCUAAAAAAAGUAAUUCAUAUAGGAAAAGACGACGAGAAGAAUAA